AUGGCAGCCUCCGACGAUCUCAUCAACUUCGACGUUAUUGAAGCACAGAAAGAAAACAUCCAGGCGCUGCCAAGUGGUCGCUCCGCCAAAAAGCUGGCUCAGCUGUUCUCGCCCUCGCCUCUGCAGAAGCUGAACACACCGACACCCUCAGACACCAAAAAUGUCAACGAUUGCAUUCGAAUCGAGUACGAAGAGGAACUCCAAAACAUCUCCGAGUCGGACGAUCCUCUAGACAUUUACGACCGUUACGUGCGAUGGACCCUGGACGCAUACCCCUCGGCGCAAGCAACACCACAAUCUCAGCUUCACACGCUCCUCGAGCGCGCAACUAAGACAUUCAUUGGUUCAUCACAAUACAAGAACGAUCCCAGAUACCUCAAGAUCUGGAUUCUGUACAUCCAAUUCUUCGCCGACUCGCCGCGAGAAACCUUCCUCUUCCUGUCGCGACACAGCAUCGGAGAGUCACUUGCCCUUUUCUACGAAGAAUACGCCGCCUGGCUCGAGGGCGCUGGCAGAUGGAGUCAAGCAGAGGAGGUGUACAAGCUCGGCAUCGAGCGCGAGGCAAGACCAGUACAGCGCCUGAUUCGCAAGUUCAAGGAGUUCGAGGAGAGACUUGCCCACCAGCCCGAGGCCGACAACGAGCCCUCAUCGCCAGCACUCCCCACCGUGCGGCCCGCUUUGGCUGCAAAGAUUGACCCCUUUGCUGCCGCCCGCGCUGCGGCCGCUGUAGCUGCGGACCCCCAGGCCCCUCGACCCAGCCAGGGCGUGAGCACAACGGCGGCGAAGCCUGGCAAGGCUAAGAUGUCCAUCUUCUCGGAUGCCGACUCCGCGCCUCCUGCGUUGUCGUCGCGUGGACCAAGCUCGAAGGGAUGGGAUUCAAUCGGCUCCCUGGGCGACCGGAAGAAGGAGAACGUAAUGGAGCCCAAGCCGUGGGCAGGGGAGACAUUGAAGGCUGGCGGGAAGAAGAGCACUGCUCGGAAGAUGGCUAUCUUCAAGGAUACGGUAAGCACCAAUUUACUUGAACUUCCCAAUGCCUGGAUGUUGAUGAUUAUAGGACUAAUGUUUGGCUUUAUGGCGUUUCAUGUAUUUCAGUCUCAGUUGCAAGCAAAAGUGCAACCCAAAGCCCAAUCACGAUCAUCACGAGCGCAAAUGUCCAAGUCCCAUAUUACACUCGUGCCAUCAAAGAAUCAAACAGUAGUGAACCCCGUAAGCGGGAAGAAGGAGCGCAUUUUUGUUAGCCUCGAGGCCCUCUAUCCCACUCCUGAAGAACCUGGCUCAGAGCUUGGUUUUGAGGAAGUUUGGGCCAUGAACCGAGGCUGGCUGGAUGUCUCCUGGGAUGACGUAUCACUAACUGAAGAGAUCCCUUCCGAGAUGAUGAGCGUUGAGCCUUCCUUGGUUGACGAUCUCAGCCAUCUAGUACGGGAGAAGAUGGUUGUUCACACAGAAACCGUAGUAAUGGAUGAGAACGGAGCCAUAGUCAAGAAAAAGGGGGGCAAGAGCAAGAAAAAGAAGACGAUGGAGGUGAACGAGACUCAAAUCAUCAAAGCAAAUCUAGACUCACCGUCUAGGCCGAAGUUGAAGAAGAGGAACACGGCUGAGCCAACGAUGACGCUCCAUACUCGUGCUGCUACGGAUGAGAUCUACGAGAUUUUCAACCAACCCAUUCAGUCUAAUCCUCUGGAGGAAGAGGAAGAGGAGGAAGAAGACGAAGAGGAAGAUAGUGACGAGGACGACGACUACGAGACAGAUGGCGACUACACUGAGGUUGAGAACACCAUGACUACUCGCCUGAUUGAAAACGACAACGCCGUCGAAGAAGCUGACGAAGAUGGCUCGGAUGUCAAGAGUAUCAGUGAAUGGUCUGACUUCUCCACGCGCAAGCACGUCCCUGUUCUUGACGAGGACGCGACCCAAGCCGGUGUAGACGAUACCCAAGCUUCCGACUUGAUGAAUCCGGACUACGCUGAGCGUACCGGUCCUCUACCAGAUGAGCAGACUGCCUCCCAGGAUGGCAGAGAAUCAGGCGAUGAGCAGGAGGCCGAAGAAGAGGAGGAAGAUGAUGAGGAUUACCCGCCAAGAACGAAGACGAUUUUCGUUCCGAUACCCCCAGAGGAUUAUGAGCCCAGGACACGACCGUUUAGGGAUCCGGUCGAGAUGGCCAAUAACCGUCUCCCCUUCAUGACUCCGAUUACGGAGAGAACCGAAUCUUCUCUUGCGUUUACAGAACGGAAGGCGAGGUACGAGACUCCGUCACGUGAGGAAUAUGAGUCCACUAUCCAUGAGGAGGACUCUGACAUGGAAGAGCCGGGUAGCAGCCCAUUGAGGGAAGUCCUGAGCGAAGUUCGACCUAUCAAGAUUGCCCAGCCCCUCCUCGGCAAGGCAAAGUCUGCUCCGCCAAAGCCAGCACCUCCCAAGGGACCGAUCAUCAAGGAGUUGCAAUGCAACCCAGUAGAUGAAGCCGUGAGGAAUGAGAUCCUCGCCAAUAUGCAUCCUUCUCUUAACUCAUACCCUGGAUUCUACGACCAUAGCCACGAGAAGUACGAAAAAGGCAAUGAGAUCCGCAAAUUCGCUAAGGCCAUGACGAAGGCAGCCAAGGGUGGAGACAGAGUUAGCAAUGCUUGUGCCAUGGUCACAAUCGAGUUCCCCGACAUUGCGACAGAAUAUACCAUCAGGAAAGAGCUCGGUGCAGGCGCUUUUGCCCCGGUAUAUCUGGUUGAGAACCCGGACGCAGACCAAGAGGACGAGGACGAGAACGGGGUCGUGGCCAUGGGCAAGGGCGCAUUUGCCGUCAACCAUCGCAGCCCCCUGGAAGCACUCAAGAUGGAACUUCCCCCAACACCCUGGGAAUUCCACAUGAUGCGUCUAGCACACACACGUCUAGGCCCUCAGCACCGCGCAGCCGCCUCUGUUUCUUACGCCCAUGAGUUCCACCUCUACCAGGACGAGGGCUUCCUCUUCCUUCCCUAUCACCCCCACGGCAGCGUCCUCGACGUUGUCAACUUCUUCCGCGCCGAGCCGUCUGCCGUCAUGGAUGAGCAGCUAGCCAUGUUCUUCACCGUUGAACUGUUCCGCACCGUCGAGGCCCUACAUGCCCACGGCGUCCUCCAUGGCGACCUCAAAGUCGAUAACUGCCUCCUCCGUCUCGACCACGGCGGCAACGACCAGCCUCUAUCAACGCAAUAUAGCGCUACCGGCGCAGGCGGCUGGGACGCGCGGGGCGUGACCCUCAUUGAUUUCGGUCGCGGCAUCGACAUGCGCAACUUUGCGCCCGACGUGGGUUUCAUCGCGGACUGGAAGACGAGCGCGCAAGACUGUGCCGAGAUGCGCGAGGGUCGGCCGUGGACGUGGCAGAUUGAUUACCACGGCCUCGCGGGCAUUGUCCACUGCCUGCUGUUUGGCAAGUACAUUGACACGGUUCGCUGUGACCAGGGCGGGAUCGGGGCAGGCGGGCGCAAGUACCGCGUCCGCGAGAGCCUCAAGCGGUACUGGCAGACGGAGAUCUGGUCGGAGUGUUUCGAUUUGUUGCUUAACCCGGGGUCAUUUGUCGCCGCGGAGGAGGGCGCUCGCAUGCCAGUCCUCAAGAGCAUGCGUAGCGUCAGGGAGAAGAUGGAGGCAUGGUUGGAGGGUAACUGCGAAAGGGGUGUUGGGUUGAAGAGUCUUGUCGGUAAGGUCGAGGCUUUUGCCAAGGGCAGGAGGUGA